AUGCUGAGAUUUUUUAAAGGAAAGUUGCCUCCCGUCCAUGAAGAUGACGAUUCUUCAUCCAAUCAAACACUAAUGGAGAUCAACUUAGAAGAUAUUCCUGCAGAUCCUGGUCAAAGACCUGGUAUUUUACAGUAUAAUAUUAAUGAUCGAGAUCGAGUUCGUAGAGCAUAUUUACAAAAGGGCCCUUGCCAACCUCAUAACCACGAUUUCCCUCUCAAAAAAUUUGGCAACCAAAAUAGAAAGUUUAAUAAAGUUUGGUUCACCGAAUAUAGUACUUGGUUGGAGUAUAGUGUAUCCAAAGAUGCUGUAUACUGUUUAUGUUGUUAUCUUUUCAAACCGGAUGUUGGAGGUCAAUCGGGUGGUGAUCAUUUUGGUUCUGAAGGAUUUACUAAUUGGAAAAGAAAUGACAAAUUGUCGAUUCAUGUAGGGGGUCCUAAUAGUGCACACAAUAAAGCUUGGGGGAAAUGUGCAGAUUUGAUGAAUCAAAAUCAACAUAUUGAGACAAUUGUUUGCAAGCAGUCUGAUAAAGAAAAGGGUAAAUAUAAAAUGCGUUUGAAUACUUCAAUUGAGGUGGCUCGAUAUCUCUCAACACAGGGAUUGGCAUUUCGUGGUCAUGAUGAAAGUGAAAGUUCGGCUAAUCCAGGAAAUUUUAUUGCACUUGUGAAGACUUUUGGCCGAAUUAAUUCAGACAUUGAAGCAAUUACUUUGAAGAAUGCUCCACUAAACCACAAGAUGAUAUGUUCGGAUAUUCAAAAAGAGAUUGUAAAUGCAUUUGCAAUGGAAGUUCUGAGAGCAAUUAUAAGUGAUAUUGGUGAUUCGACGUUUUGUCUUAUGGUUGAUGAAGCACGAGAUAUAUCAAUGAAGGAGCAAAUGGCCUUAGUGGUAAGGUAUGUCGACAAGUCUGGUAGUGUGAUUGAACGAUUUCUUGGAGUUGAACAUGUUACUGAUACUAGUGCUUUGACACUUAAAUCAACGAUUGAUGAUUUUUUUUCUCGAUAUGGUUUGAGUGUCUCCAAAUUACGAGGUCAAGGUUAUGCUGGAGCUAGUAAUAUGAAAGGUCAUUUAAUGGCCUAA